AUGCCAGCUACAUUAAUCGCCAACACGCGCAUCUUCGACGGCGUUUCCGUUGUCACCGAAUCUGGCCAUGUUCUAAUCAACGCCGGUUGUAUUUCCCAGAUCUCACUGCGAGAGCCCUUGUCAGCACCGGAAGGAUGUUCUGUGGUCGACGCGACGGGAUGUACCCUUUUGCCUGGUCUGAUAGAUGCCCAUACGCAUGUUUAUCAGGACGUUGGUCUCUUGGAGACGUCGAUGCAAUACGGUGUUACCACUGUGUUUGACAUGCACAAUGAGCCCGAGUGGUUUAAAAACAUUAGUGCGGUAACUCGCCAGCGAAAAGAUAUUGCUGACGUUAAAUCUUGUGGAUUUGGCGCCACGAUCAAGAACGGGUGGCCGGCGGCUAUUGUCAAGCUGGUCUCUCGGGAGCCUAAUGUCGAAGAAAGAAUCUCCAAGUGGCCGGAUCUUGUCGACAAGCAAUCUAUCGACAACUUUAUUGCCAGGAAUCGUGCAGCUGGUGCUAGCUUUACCAAGCUGAUGCAGGAAGAUGGUCAUACCAUGACUCUUCCCUUUCCCACAAAACCCGUGCCAACUCCAUCUCUGGAAAUCCAGCGAGCAAUCGUGGACGCAUCGCACGACAAGGGCAUGCUAACAGUCGCUCACGCACUGACCAACCACUCGACACUCUCAGUACUUGAAGCAGGAGUCGACGGGCUAGCCCAUGCAUCGAUUGAUCCCAUCACCGAAGAUGUGAUCAAAGCUUUCAAGAAAAACAACGCUUUUCUCAUCCCAACCCUAGCCGUGCACGCCUCAUGCAGCGGCGAAGAGCAAGAAUCUCGCGAAAGAUUCGCGAGUAGCCUCCAGGGUCCUGAGAAGGAACACCUCCUUGGGUGUCUUUGUAUUACGCGGAAAGACCUGUCCAUCAAGACUGUUGGUACUGAUACAUCGACUGAGCUGCUCGGUACUCGAGCUGGGGCUUCUGUGCAUCAUGAGCUGUGGAUGUAUGUCAACCGAUGCCGGUUCACUCCGCAGGAAGCUCUCUGUUCGGCGACAUCGAAGGUCGCGGAUCGGUUCAAGCUGUCGGAUCGUGGGAAGAUUGAAACAGGCCGACUGGCUGAUCUGUUGCUGGUGUCUGGCAAUCCUGUCGAGUCUAUUGACGCGAUUGGUGAUAUCCAGGGUGUGUGGCGAAAUGGAGAAAGGUUGGCGAGGAAGUAA